AUGAAGACCUCAUUUGCCGCCUUUGUGCUCGCUCUCUCUGGCUCUGCCGUGGGUGUCCCGUUCUCCAGUGGCACCCACAUUGCAUCCAGCUCCUCUACUGUGUCGACUCCUGUUCAUCGGUCGACCGACACACCUCUUCCCAACCUCUGCCCUGCGUUCACCAUCGCAUCGCCAUCACCCUCCGCUAUUCCUUCUGGAUCCGGGUCUUUGACAUCGCCUCCUAUCCCUUCUAGAUCCGGAUCUUUGACUUCAGCCCCUAUCCCCAGAAGCAGUGGAAGCAGUGCUUAG